AAGAUGAACAUUUUUUCUCAUGCACACUUGGAUGUUAUGUCGACAGAGACACUGUUUUCACUCUUUUGAAUUGACAGAAACUUUUUAUUUGAACAAAGGAAGAUAAUUGAAGUACAAGAUUCCGCGGAUUCGAGAUCAGUAAUUAAAUAGCUUUGUGUGACACACAUUACUUUCUGCAGUUUAUAAACCAACUGGAGUAAACACGGAGAAACUGCAAUUUCUUACUGGUUGGACUUCACUUGUUCUUUUGUAACGGAGAUUUUAAAAUAGGUCCUGGAGUGAAGGGGAUGAAACAAUGGCAACAGGAGAAAGAAAACUUUUUCAUUUCGUAAUUUAUAUCCACUUGCUGAAUAUCAGCAGUUUUGUUGUUCCAGUCACAGGAUUUGCACUGAAGACUUGCCGAAUCAGUUACGAUGUUGCCAUAUGUAGCAAUAGUAAACUCAGAACUGUUCCUCAAGAUAUUCCCUCAACAGUGAUAGGUUUUGACUUGUCUAAAAACAACAUAUCAAGAGUAAAAGUAUCAGAUUUCACAAAUCUACCAGUUUUGACAAAGUUAGACCUAAAACUCAACAGAAUUUCGCAGAUAGAUAACGGUGCCUUUGCCAAUCUGAUUUCCCUCAAGAAGUUAAAUCUAAAUAAUAACAAACUUGUUGAACUUGGAGAGGAUCUGUUUCAUGGUCUGAGCAACCUCACCGAGCUCAGAAUUAAUAGUAAUCACAUCAAAGCUGUGGCAUCCACCUCUUUUAAGCCCAUGACAAGCUUAAAGUUUUUGGACAUUUCUCGCAACAAACUGCAGCACAUAACAGAAGUUCAUUUAAUAUUACAGCACCUGCCACAUCUAAAAGAGCUGUCUGUUAAAAACAAUAACUUAACCACUUUUCACUCAUGGGAUCUGACAAACAACUCGCUAGAACUUAAAUCCCUUGAUUUGUCUCAGAAUCCAAUCGCAAUUUUUAGUAUUACUGCAGACGUUUUUCCAAAUCUCACCUGGCUUGAAAUCGGCAACUCUUCUAGAAAGCAACAGAUGAUAUGGGAUGUGCGGAACAAGACUUUCUUUAGUCGAGUGUCUAUUCUUGAUAUUAGUGGGCUUCAAAUGGCUUUUGAUGACAUGAAAACAUUACUAGAGACCGUGAACUCCUCACUGACAACUCUCAGGAUGAAUUCAAUUAAUCAUAACCUCACAGCGCUAAUAAACAUUUCCUGCACCAUCCCAACAAUGUCCACACUGCAGCUCCGCAAUAAGGAACUGAAGUCCGUCAGUUCACAUAUGUUGAAGUUGUGCAUUAAUGUAACAGAGUUGGAUUUAGCAGAGAGUCAAAUAAACAACAUCCAUGUCAACGCCUUCAGAUCUGUUCAAAGUUUAAGAAUCUUGAAUCUGAGGAACAACAUGCUUUCAUCUGUUCCAGCUGCCACAAGGAAUCUACCAAGUCUUGUAGAGUUGAAUCUCAGCUCUAAUAAAAUCAGCAAACUUGGAUGUGAUGAUUUCACCAAUCAGACAAUGCUUAGAGAGCUCAGCCUUGGUGGGAAUGAAAUCUCAGCUCUAAAAGAAUGUGUUUUCAAGGAUUUAAUACGAUUGCAAGUUUUAAAGCUACAGACCAACCACAUAUCCAGGUUAAACGGUGCUUUCCAAAAAUACUUGCCAAAUCUUAGACAACUACUUUUGAAUGGAAAUUCUCUCACUGCCCUUAAAAACGAGCAAUUCAGGGGCUUACAGUCCCUCCAGAACUUGUCAUUACAUGAAAAUCAAAUAAGUGAACUUGAAAAUGGAAGUUUCAUUGGUCUAACGAAUCUUACCGAGAUUCUGCUGCAGAUUAAUAAAAUUACAGCAGAGGAAAUAAACAAGGGUGUUUUCAAUGAUCUUAUAAAUUUAAAAAGACUGGAUUUUAGGGAAAAUCGCAUUAAAUAUGAAACCAGUUCAGCUUUGCUUCAUGCACCAUUUUCUCAGCUGUCCCGUCUAGAGAUAUUGGCUAUUCCCUCACAACACCGCAGGGAGAAGUCUCACUUGCCUCGCAACUUCCUGCAAGGUUUGACAAAUCUCUUGGUUUUCAAUACCAGGAACAUUCAACUUUUAUCUUUGCAUGAAGACAUGUUUACGUACACGCCUCAGCUGCAAACACUUGACAUUAGCUCAAAUGAGCUUAUGGAUCUCUCUCCAGGUUUGUUUUCCUCAAUUCCAAACCUUAAAAGUCUUUACGUAUCUAGAACAAGUCUUCGGUCUCUAGAUUUUCUCCUACAUGCCAACCUAGCCAAACUGGAGUUCUUGCAGGCGAGAAAGAAUCAAUAUUCAGUUAUCAGUGAAGAAAUAAUAAAGUCCGUACCAGCUCUCGUUUAUGUGGAUCUUCAAGGGAACAGUUUCACCUGUGACUGCGAUAAUGCCCGGUUCCUCCAGUGGGUAAAGAACAACAACCAAACGCAAAUUUUUGAUGCGUAUAACUUUAAGUGCAACUAUCCUGCCAGCUUUGAAGGCAAGAAACUGUUGGAACUGGACGUCCGCCUCUGCUCAGUAGAUAUUGAAUUCAUCUGCUUUAUCUCCACCACAUGCACAGUCCUCCUGUUUAUGGUGGUGUCCUUCACCUACCAUUUCCUGAGGUGGCACCUGGCCUAUGCCUACUACCUCUUCUUGGCUAUGCUCUUUGACACAAAGCAUAAAAACAAGCAAGCUCCUAAUCAGUAUGACGCCUUCAUCUCCUACAACACCCAUGAUGAGCCCUGGGUCAUCCGAGAGUUGCUGCCCAAACUGGAGGGAGAACAGGGCUGGAGAGUGUGUCUGCACCAUCGUGACUUUGAGCCUGGUAAACCCAUCGUGGACAACAUCACAGAUGCCAUUUAUGGAAGCAGGAAGACCAUCUGUGUGAUCAGUCGCAGGUACCUUGAGAGUGAGUGGUGCUCCAGAGAGAUCCAGGUGGCCAGCUUCCGUCUGUUCGAUGAGCAGAAGGACGUGCUGAUCCUGGUCUUUCUGGAGGAGAUUCCCACCUCUCAGCUGUCUCCUUACUACGGCAUAAGGAGACUGCUGAAGAAGCAGACCUACCUGAGUUGGCCUCGAGCCGGAGAGCACACCCAACUGUUCUGGGAGAAACUCCGCCAGGCUCUGAAGACCAGAGAACAUCUUGGCGAGGACAGUCUCCUCCGCUCUGCGGUGGAGAGACCAUGAAGAAAUGAAAUACAUUCCUCACUGUAUCAGGUUUUUUGUUGUUUUGGUUUUUUUUUAAAUUCGUUUUAAAAUAAAAAUGCCAUAAGUUUAUCUAAAGGAGGCUGCCAUUACUUUUUAUUACCAAAUACUGAACAUUAUGGAACAUUUGAUUUUGAGUGUCUGGCCUGUGCUCUGUCUAGACACUUUUAGAUCAGCUGCACUUACUAAUCAUCUGUAAUGGAAAAUCAGGAGCCACAAGUUGAAAAGUUUCCAUACAACCAAAGUGGAAUUUUUUUCAGACAUCCAUGGUUCCCCAGCGCCAUGGCCGAACUUUUAUUUUCUCGAGUACUUUGGUUUAUGACCAAAUACCUGCAAAAGUAAUGGCAUUCCCAUCGCCUGUACUUUGUGGUUAGUGCUAAUUAGCAAAUAUUAAAAUGCUGACAUGCUAUAUCAAGAUGUUGAACAUGGUAAACAUUAAUUUUUUAUGCGUGGUUGAAAUGGAAAUGGAAAUGUUAAUGAUGUUAGAUGUAACGAUAAAAGCAAGUUGCGACAAAGUGCAAUGAAACAGACCAAGUGAACGUACAUGAAGCACGUGACUUAAACGUCCACCGAAGCUUCUGCUCCACUGAAGAGACUAAAAGCUUCAGAGCUGUGUGGAGCGAUGAGGAGACUGUAACCUUCCUCAAGUUAAUACACGGAGCGAACAGAAAUGCCACAUUUUCAUCAUGUUUUCUAAAUUGUUUUUCACCAGUUGAGGGCCUGACUGCUGCUCUUUUAAAUACAUCCUCUCAUUGUACCCUCUUCUUCUACAAUGGUUUAAUGGCACUCAACUGGGGAAUUUGCCCCACCAGCCGUUCAUCUCAAUGAACCACUUCCUAAUAUUGGAUGGAAAUGUGCAUUAAUUUUCAUUGCAUUUUGCUGAUUUUCUCAAAAUUUGGUGAAAAUUUCCACUUCUUUUGGAUGGAAACCGGGCUCCUGCCUUCUUUAGUUCUAACCUUUUUCCUCGAUAAUUUAAUCAUUGAUUAUUUCAAAGUCUUUCUUUCAUUUUUGGCGUUGUAAUCCAAAUUCUAAUGCUGACUAAUCACUGUAAAGUAAGAUGAAUGUAAAGUAUGUGAUUGACCAGCAGGAGUUUCCCCUGUGGCAUAAUACAGUGUGCAACUUUAUGACAAAAUCUUGUUUAUUCUUCUAAUUUUUGUAUUAUUUGUGCCAUAUAGAUGAAAUUAAAAGCAUUUAUUUCAAGUAUUUUUUAAAUGUAGUAAUUUAAAAGGUUGCAUUGAAGGUAUCAAAGGACCCGUGCGGACACUGUGAAUGUAAAGAAAUCCAUACUGACGUACA